AUGGCAGAACCAGCGACAGACACGCCUAGCAUCUCCACCCGCCGCCAAAAUGCUCUCGCCGAGCUCCAAUUCGCCUCCAUCAUCGACGAUGACCUCACACCGUCCGAGGACGAGACAGCGGAAGAGCGGGUCCUAGAGCUGGAGACUGCGCAAUCGGCCAUAGGCGUCAGCAUAGGACGACAGCAGACACGUCUCACGUCGCCAAAGACACCGGCUGCGGAGAAAGCUGCCGCCCUCGACGCGACUGAAGACGGGGCCUUUUUCGAGGGCUGGCAGGAAGCUGCCGAAGCUUCGCCCGAGCGAAAGCCAGCGUCGCCAGAACCACUGGCAACGCCUCGAAAAGACGACCCGAAACCCGAUAUCCGACCAAAACGUGCCCAGACGGCGAGCAACGACGAGCAUGAGCGACGCGCCGACCCGUCACUGCGCCUUCCUUCACCAUGGCGAGCUGGCCCGAAGACGUUUCAGAAAGAGAAGCAGAGCGACCAUCGCUCCAUGCUGCGUCAACACCUACAGAAUGGACGAAGGCGGUCAUCUUCCGGCGGCUCCAUGAGCGAGACGAUGCGCAAAUACAUACCCUUCAACCUGCCGACCUCCCUCCCCAAGUCCUACAAAGACCUCCACUUUUCGCUACCGACCUUUUCGUCGGCAUCCCUGGAGACUGCGCCGAAGCCUUUCAAUCGACGGAGGCGGGACACCGUCUCCAAUCUUCCGCGACCCCAGAAUAUACCCCAACACGAUGGCAGCCAUGAGGCCAAGUCUGAAGAGUCUACGAGCACAUCAAGGGAUGAUCCAGCCGCCUCGCCGCAGGCCAACACGGAUCCGAUUGCACAGCGCGAGUUUAGCGACAGCAGCACCUCUACACUCGCCCCUCCACCACCAGACCAGGGACAAGGCGAACGACCGCAACCCAGACUGCGCCGGUCCAAUUCAGAAGCGUCUUUGCUCUUGUACCGCACGAGAUCCCUUGCGUCUUCCCUGGGCGAUGAUUCGCGCUUCGAGAGUGUGCACGAGCAGGUAAACAGUAGGCUCAAGGCCCUCAGGGACACCUGGCAAGACUCGAAUUUCAAACUUCCCAGCCCUUCGUUCCCCAAGUUUGACCUGGCCUCAAGUACCGAGUUGUUUCGGAGCUGUAACUCCAGCACCAUAUCCAAGACACGCGAUGUCGAAGAGGGCCCUGUGCGUCGAGCGACGGUUCGCGGAAACAGUUCUGGGACAACGCAUCGCGACUCCAAGGGAAGAAAACGAUCGCUGCCCGUUAACGGUGAAAUCGACCCCGAAACCCAUCCUAAUUUUGCAAGGGCCUUGCAGGAGCUUGAGGGCGAUCUGGUGAUAAUGGGAGGGUACCGCGGCUCCAUCUUGCGCUCUGCGGAGCCUCCUCAUCGUCAGCUGUGGGUACCCAUCAAGGUUGGGUUGAAUCUGCGGAAAGUCGAUCUUGAGGUACCCCUUGACCCCGAUGCCGACGAACGGAUGGAGGAGACCAUUAUCCCAAGCGGCAUGCUGACCCACAUUGGCCCUGUCGACAUUGCAAAGCGUCUUUUCAAGCGAUUGAGGGCGAGCGACAAUGCCAGAGAAGGAAAGCUGAGAGUGCACAACUAUGGGUACGAUUGGCGGCUCUCACCGCAUUUCCUGAGUCGGCGGUUGAUACAGUUUCUGGAAUCGUUGCCCUGCAACCAGCCAGGCGUGCCUCGGGAGAAGCGUGGCGCUACAGUCAUUGCACAUUCGCUAGGCGGCCUGAUUGUCCGCCAUGCCAUCAACCAGCGUCCAGACCUUGUCGCUGGCGUCGUAUAUGCUGGUGUACCGCAGCGGUGCGUCAAUAUUCUCGGGCCUUUCCGCAACGGCGACGACGUCCUCUUGUCCUCGCGCGUCUUGACUGCCCAAGUAAACUUUACCAUCCGUACUUCUUUCGCGCUGCUACCCCUCGAUGGAAAGUGUUUUAUCAACAAGUACACCAAAGAGGAAUAUCCCGUGGAUUUCUUCGACGUCAACACCUGGAAAGAAUGCCGCCUAUCCCCUUGCAUAGCGGCGCCCCUUCCCCGCCCUGAGCUACCAAAGGACAACACCUUUAGCAUUAAUGGACUAAUGAGUGCCGUUACAAACGCACUGCCGACAUUCCCCGCCCGGAAAAACAGUUCUACAAAGGAUCCAGCCGAGCUCGCACGCAACGCUGCGAACAACAUUACAGAAGGCGGCGCCGAGCAAGCAGGCAUGGGCCCGCAAAUGGGGCAUGAGUAUGGCGUAGAAACAUCGAAAGAGCCCAACCCUGCCACCCAUGUUACAAUCCCUUAUGACAAGGCCAUUGAAUACCUCACACGCACGUUGGCGGAAGUCAAAGCCUUCAAACAAGAACUUGACCAUCGGCCCGAACACGCUGCUGCGAACGUAUAUCCGCCCAUUGCUCUGAUAUACGGAAAGUCCAUUCCCACCGUGUAUGGUGCAAAAGUAGAGAGCAAAGAGGCCAUCAAGCGUGCAGACGUGUACGACGAGCUUGCGUUUGCGAGUGGGGACGGCGUGGUAUUAGCACGUGCAGCCAUGGUCCCUACGGGUUACAGCGUGGUCAAAGGAGGAGUGGUUUCGAGUGACCGAGGACACGUCACUCUGCUGGGUGACUUGGAGGCUGUCGGAAGGUGUCUAUGCGCUGUUGUCAAAGCAAGGAAGCGCGGAGUAGGAUUGGGACCAAAGUCCGAUGAUUAG